AUGGCCGGCGGACAGCGGCGUCGGUCGGGGGCGGCGGACGUGGCGUCGUGGUGCUCCCUGCUGGCGCUCGUGAUGGUCGUUGGGUCGCUCGCCGGGUCGGGGGACGAGGAGGAGCAGUACAACAGAGGCGGGUUGGUGGUGCGCGGGGCGCGGCUGGUGGCGCGGCCGUGCGACGAGCUGUACGUGGUGGCGAAGGGGGAGACGCUGCACAGCAUCAGCGCCAGGUGCGGCGACCCCUACAUCCUGGAGCACAACCCGCACGUCCACGACCCCGACGACGUCUUCCCCGGCCUUGUCAUCAAGAUCACGCCGCGCGCCGGCAACUCCAACUCCAACUCCGCCGGCGCCAACAUGUGA